AGAGGGGUUUGUUCUAGCACUUUCGCAGUCAGGGAUUUAUGAACGCCGAACAAACUUUUACUCUACGAAUUGCAAUUAUGUCGAUCGGCUUGCUGAUGCCGACCAAAUUAUCUGCCGUUCUUCACAGCAGAAAAGAAAACAUAUCAUCAUGGCGAACACGACGGGUCUGAGCGUUGUACCUGAAACGUACUUUCCAAGGAAGAGGCGAAGAAGGAGGAAGGCAGGGGCUCCAGGUGCUGGCGUCCUCUCCGUUACAACACUGCUUGCAUCAGGUGCUCUCAACACUAGUUGCGGAUCAAGCUCCAUGAUGAAACAAGCGCAUCCUCCUGCAGGGGCGGCCGCGAUUUAUUUGAUGCAGCUUGUUUUCUCACCUCGCUUGCUGUUCGCGCUUUUAUUUUCAAGCUGCGGCUUGUUCAACGUUCUCGGCACGGGUGCGUUGUUUGUGAAAAAAAGGACGAACGCGUGGUCUUCUACUUCUGGUGCCGCUGACAACUACACGAAGACCCGUCGUGCUGGUGCAACAGCCCUCGUGGACCACGACAAGAGUGGCCACAAAGUGGCUGCAACUUCGACUGCAUUGGGCAGGAGUCGCAAGAUGCAGAACAAGUCUCAGGACGACAAGAAGCCCUGCGUGUGUGUGAACGAAGGUGACGACAAGUUUACCCAGGCUGCGGGUGACGCUCCGGGGCAGUAUUGGCUGAACGCAACUGGGAUCCAGGACACUGCUUACGGAAAGGAAUACGAGUAUAAUUAUGUGUUUUUGAUUUGUUGACAUGAAAAAUGUGCUGGUGCUGGGAUGAUUUUUUGAGACCACGCUACAAGAAUUUGCCAGAGCGUACAAUUUGUUUCAAAUUUAAUUCAUCAUUCCUACGGUGGCAGGUGAAGAAAAAUCAUCUUCUUUCUUCAAUGAAAACAGAGGCACCUUCGGCGGCAAAGGCGAUUACGGCGAGUACUGUUUUGCGUGGGAGGAUGAGGUGGUCGGCGGGAAGGCCGGUACCAACCAGGACUGCCGGGGCACGGACGACGACCGGCCAAGCUGGUGUGUGGAGAAGUGGUGCUACGUGAAGGAAGCAGAUUCUCCCUUCCCCUCAUUUGUCAUGCAAAAUGCCUAAUUUACGCCUCGGCUCUUGGCACUGUUUGCAUGACAAGUUCUGGCGCGACCCCAAAUAGCACUACACUCCUGUUCAAAUUUGUCAUGCGAAAUCUGCAUUCUUGCUGACGCUUGUAUUGCUUUUCAUGCAAUAGUACAAGUGAGGGGGAGGGGGAGUUGUGCACUUUCAUAGUUGCUACGUGAAGGAAGCAGAUUCCACCACCGCAGCGAUUGACGCGACGGAGGCGCCGGACUGCGCGAAUUUGGACGACGUCGUGAAGGCGACGUAUGGUGCCAACCCGUCCAUGGACCUCUACUACUCCUUCAAGUACUGCACGACAACCACGACCACUACCACGAUCGAGGCUGGGUAG